CCCCAUUUCAACAUCCAUUCAGUAAUUGAGUAAUGAGGUGAUCUAAUGUGUGUCUGAUUCCAUGGGUGCUUCAGAAUCAUCUCUUACGGGCUCUCAGAAGAAUCCGGAGGAUGGGAUCACCACUGUUUCGGAGCGUACACAGGGUUUAGAACCCAUUUUGCAGAGGCUUCAAUCCCUCGAAAUUACGAAGCCGCUACUUACAUCAGCCCCUGCAGAGGGUAGCUUGACGGAUAUCCUUGUUCGAAAACCAUCUUCUUCUUCAACUGCUGGUACUGUAAACCCGAAUGUGCUGCUGGAGCUCUUCUCAAUGUACCGUGACUGGCAAGAGGAGAAGUCCCAAAAGAUAAGUAAACGACAGGAAGAGAUUGAAAAUAAAAUAGAACUUGCAGAUGCUUUGGCUGUCAAGCUUCUUCAACGCUUCAAUUACUCAGUCUCAGCAAUGAAGUCCACAUCUAAUCAUCUAUCAGAAGUCCAUGCCUUGCAAGUGGAACUCGGAGAGUUAAAAGGGAGAUUGACUGAGGUCAUUAGCAAUUGUGAUGCGUUAUGCAAAAGAAUUGUUAAUGAGGGACCAGAAUCACUACGAUCUACAGUCAGGCCGUUAACUGCAGCUUCCACUGAUCAAAAGAUUGUCUCUGUCUUACCCUCUUUGCCUUCGACUGCAGACCAGGAUCAACAACCACAGCCAGAAAGUUAGGGUUUCUUUUCUUUACCUUGGUUUUUGUACAUUCUCUUAAAAUUGCAAUUAGGUAGAGUUAGAAGCUGGCUAUGCUAAACAACCUGGUCAUACCCACUUGUAUUCAUCUGAGAAAGGAUUUAUUUUCCUGUCUCGUGUAUUGACAACUUGCUACAUAAUCCCACUAAUUCCAAAGGAUACAUUUAUAUGAUCGUCUA